CGAGAAAUGCUUGGUUGAUGGAUGGUUUCAUUUAGUCAUCGUGCAGCAAAGUUUUGGAGAAUGGACUUGUCAAGCAAUCUUAGUAUUUACUUUUCAUUGCGUGCAAAAAUCUUGCUACUCUUGAUAUUUACACGGGAAGCUGAAUAGAGAUGCAUCACCUUAAAGCCGUUCAAUAGCUGGGAUCAUUUCUAACUGACAUUUUCAGAGCUGAACUUAUGUGGGAUGGAUAACUCAUAAUUCCAAUGUAAGGAUUUAUUUCAGAAAACUGGCGAUUUUACUUAUAUGUACACAGAUCACGGGUCUAUGCUUGAUCUUUCCUGCUUGUUAAUUUGGUUACUUGUACCGCGUGUGUUGUCUACAAAUCUACCUUUAUCGUUCUUGUUUAAAACAAAAAAUAGUUGCUCAAGGACUAUUAAUGGAUUAGGUGUCCCUGACUCCCUGGAACAUAUUACUGAUAAAAUAUUAUGCGAAAGAAAUGCUUUGUGAUAUUAACUGUGGAUUAGGUGGCCAAAUCUGGUACUUGAGGAGCAAGUAUACUUGAAAGAAAAUUCAAUCAUUGAUGGCCCUUAAAAAGUAUGCUGAAUUAAAUUCCUGAAGAAGUUUAUUUGAUGGAAUAAUGUUAGCUAAGAUAAUAUUCUGCUCUGCUGUUUCUUUGGCCACAUUGGCAGUUCUCCUAUUAGCGCUGCUUUUAUCGGUUCCUUACAGAGAUCAUGAGAGUAAUUCGCAGAAGCCAUUGGUUGCAUUGUCCUUGUACAUCCAGCAACCAACAACUUUGAACCGUAACAUGCACCGUGAUGCAGAGACUUCUACAGGGGUGUUGACCUUCCAUCGGAUGCUCACGGAGGGACCUGAAAGCACGUCGACAAUUGUAGGAAAAGCACAAGGUUUUAUCAUACCUGUGGAGCAUUUUGCUCAUUCAGCCUUUAAUGUAAUAUAUCUGACAUUCAGCACACCUGAAUAUUCAGGGAGCUUGAGUAUUCAAGCAAAACAAUUGGAACAUAAGAAGAGAGAAGAGCUUAAAGUGGUUGGUGGUACAGGCUCUUUCGCCUUUGCUCGUGGCAUUGCUGUUUUCACAGAGGCCGAUCAGGAUACUUCUGGUGUUGAUGCUCCCAUUUAUCAAGUAGACUUACAGCUAACCUUUCCAAGUCAAUCGCAAUCUAUGCGGGUAUGAAGGGUCUAUUGAUUAGCUAGGACAGAUUUUUCAUUAAAAUUCUGGGAUUAUUAUAAUUAUGUCACACCUAUGUUAGCAGAAAUUGUAUAAUAUUUGCCAUGUAAUUUUGUCACUGUCCAAUAAAAGGCUUUAAAUUUUGCAUUUUUUUCUUUUUUUUCAAAACACUCAUAUGCUAAGAUACUCCAUAGUUAAACGUAUUUGGUUGGAAAUAAUCAUAGGAUGAGUGAUCCCC